GGCUGUGACUGAUUGACAGCUGAAUUCAGAUUUUCUAACCUAAAAUAAGAGAUGAAUGCAAAAUUUUAACGUCAUGAAUAUGAAUAAUUAGUUUAAGUUCAGUUUGAAAGGUUGAUUUAGUGAGUCAUCAAUACAAAUGAAAUGUAUUUUUGUGUAGUUUACCUAUUUGAACAGAGUUUUAUCAUUUAAAUUGUGCUAACUUCACUAUCUUUCCGUUCUUAGUGCUGUUUUUGGGCAAUUGUUGAUUGUCAAGUGGCUAUGAAUAUCUAUUUUGAAUUUUAAAAAAACUAAAUUUUCACAGAAAUGGCAUGUUUUCUUGUUCAUAAUAAUGAUACCACAAUUACUAUACCGCAAGUUGAAAACACUAACAAUAUUGUGUUUUAUAUUAUAAAUGUAAAAGUUGGGCCAGUUGAAUGGUCAGUCAAGCAACGCUAUAAUGGAUUUCUUGAAUUGCAUGAAAUACUUGUGUCAGACCACAGUGUCGCCAAAGACUUGUUACCGCCAAAGAAAAUUAUAGGCAAUAAAGAUCCAGUUUUUAUAGAGAAAAGAAGAGCUGGCUUGGAAACCUACCUUCAAACUGUAAUAACUUUUCUACAGAAAAGAAUGCCCAGAGAGUUGGUUAUUUUUCUUGACAUGCAUUCAUACGAAAUAUUGUUCCUCUUGCAAGAGUUCUCCAUGUUUUUAUUCCAGGAAGGUGAAAAUCUACUCUUUGCUUCAAAGAAAUACACGUUUUGUCCACUCAAGUUACAUGCGAUCAGUGAGCGUUUGAAACAGCCCUGUCCGCCACUUGAAAUUUUUGACAAGCGACAUGACUUCAGUCAUAUUUUGGACUUCUGCAGUCAACUGAUGUGCAUCAAAAUUGAAGGCGGUGAUGAAAAACUCGGUACAAGUAAUAUUGUGCUCAAUCAACUUUCGUUUGAGUUGUCUGUUUUCAAGCUAGUUGAAACUCUCGGACUAAGCAGAGUGAACUGCGGCAACAUCUACGGCCUGGGCACGCUGAGAGAAACCAUCAAAUCGCUUUCGGUGCGCUACUGCCGAGUCAGAUCGCUGGGAGAGGUGUUUCUCUGCGAUGAAGUUCACAAAACCGUUGAAAAUGUUUGCGACGAGAAAGUGUGGAAGAAGCUGGACGAAGCUGAUUUCAGUCACAACGAAAUUGCAGAAACCGAUGAAGUGCUCCGUUUGGCUCCAAACUUGAAACGCCUGAUGAUCAGCCACAACCAGAUAACAAAGGUGAGCGACAUGACGUUUCUACCGAAGCUGACACAUUUAUCUCUAUCAGCCAAUAACAUCACAGAACUGGACGACCUUAGCAAGCUGUUCAAGCGAAUAGUCUACCUGGACCUCUCGCAGAACAACAUCACUUCGCUGAAGGGUUUCGAGAACCUGCAGACCCUGGAAGGCAUUGACCUCAGCACGAAUGCCAUCAAAGACAUGGCGGAGGUUCAGCACAUUGUGUCUUUGAAACUGUUGGACUAUUUGAAUUUGAGCGGGAAUCCAGUGACGACGAUCAUCGACUACAGAGUGAAAGUGCUGGAGAAGUUUGGAAGCAGAGCUGGUCAGUUGUGUCUGGACAAUGAGAAGCCCACCCAGAAAGAGCUGGACACUGUUUCGGUGCUACAGGCGCUCAGGAUUGUCAAGGAGGGGCGCACGCCCACUUUCAACGUUCCUCCACCGUUUCCCAACACCUUUUCAUGACCGUCGUCGUUUGAAAUCGUCAUAAAGAUCCCAUAAAAAUGUAUACGUGACUAUCGUCAUUCGAAAUAAGGAUCCCAUAAAAGUAUUUAUGACCGUCGUCAUUCAAAUCGUUAUAAGGAUCCCAUAAAUAAGUAUUCUUGGUCGUUGUCAUUUGAAAUCGUCAUAAGGAUCUUAUAGAAAAAUAUUCAUGACCAUCAUCGUAUGAAAUAGUUUUAAGGAUCCCAUAAAAAUAUUAUUAUUCAACAAUGUUCACAGUCUGUCAUAAGAAAUACUCCAUAAUCGGGUCAUUCGAAAUCGGCAUAAGGAUCCCAUAAAAAUUAUUCAGGACCGUUGUCAUUCGAGAUCGUCAUAAGGAUCUCAUUAAAAUAUAUUCAUGGCAGUCGUCAUUUGAGAUCUUUAUGAGGAUCCCAUAAAAAUAUUAUCAUUCAAAAAUGUUUAAAGACUGUCAUAGAAUCGAGUUCACUCCAUAAUCGAGUCAUUCAAAAAUCGUCAUAAGAAUCCCAUACAAAUUAUUCAUGACCGUCGUCAUUCGAGAUCGUUAUGAGGAUCCCAUAAAAAUAUUCAUGGUAUAUUAUUCAACAAUGGUCACAGACUGUCAUAGAAGUGCUCCAUAACCGAGCAUUUCAAAUCCUUAUGAUGUUCCCAUAAAAAUAUUUAUGAUAAAAUAUUUAUCAAACAUUCAACUGAUCUCUCCUAGAACUGCUACAUAACCGAGUCAUUCAAAAUCAUUAAAAGGAUCCCAUAACAAUAUUUAUGGCACAUUAUUCAACAAUUUCACCGAACUAUCUUAGAAUUUGUCUGAAUCGCAUUAAGUAGAACUUCACGUUGUUCUACUAGAAUAGUUUUGUUGAUAAAACAUUUGAUGAAAAACUAUCACAUUUCAAAACCGAACAAUCGAAAAGGAGCUGAAUUAGCAUGUAAAUUUAUUUCUGCGAAUAUGACAUAUUUGUUGCAAUGAAAUGCAAGUAUGAUUGAUAUCAAGAUAGAAAAAAACAACUAUCAAUGUUUCUUAUCAUUAGUAAAAAUCGGAAAUUUCUUCGAAAUAUUACCACACAGAAUAACGUAUACUUGAGUGCAAUGUUAAGUGGAUAUGAUUAGCUAUUACAAUAUAUUCAAGUUCUAUUGGUGCAACCCAGAUAAGACUUUUAAUGUUAGCUUGGAGAAUAGAUUAAAAUAAAAUUGAAAUUCCUAUAAUGCACUAUUUUUGUAGACUGAACUUUCCAUGCAAUUAACAUGUAAAGUUUUUAGAUUAGUUAUGGUGAAGAUGUUUCACAUUAUAUUGGUGCAAUCUUUUAGUUUUGUAACUUAGCCUGAAAAUUACUGUAUUAAACUCUGCUUAAACCUCUUAUGAAAAGUAAUAAAUUUCCUUGAAGGUUAAACUUUUCAUCAACAAUAUUAUUUUUUUAUUGACUAGCACUAUACAUAAUUAUUAUCAUUAUUGUGUUAUUAUUUUACUGUGAGGAAACAGGAAAUCAAAUUUUAAUACGAUUAUUAUUAUUAUUAUUAUUAUUAACAUUUGUAUUUAUAGUUUGGAUUAGAUAAUUGUAAGUAAAUAAAUGAAUGAUUGUUGAUUCAAAUUUUUUCAAAUAAUUUCGUCACAUUGUAAAUCAUAUUCAAAUGCUACUACUGCAAUUAUUUUGUAGAUUCGAAGAGUUAUUUCUCUCGAUCAAUUAUUGUUAUAAGUUUGAUCUCAAGAGGGUUUCAAAUCAAAUUUAGAAAUUGAAUUACAGUAUUGUCUUGAGUUCAUUUUCAAUAUCAAUUGUAUCAUAGUAAGUUAGUUAUUUCACAUGUAAUAAAUUUAACUUCAAUACGAUAAUCCUAGCACAUUCUGAAAUUUAAUUUGUGUUUAUAUAUUUGAAAUUUAUUCAUUAAUUUUCAAUAAUAAAUAUUAUUAGUUGUUUAAUUAUUUUCAAAAUAUCUUGUUCAUUGCUAUUUUCUUGACAUUUUUUUGCUGAAAUUGUAAGUUGUGCUAGAGUUUAAUUCAGUUGACAAAUGUUGAAUUUUUCAUGAAUUUCAAUUGUUGAGUAAUUAAAAAGCAAUUAUCUCAAAAUACUAAAUUAUAAUAUUUUAUAGUAAUCGUUGUCUGAUUCAAGUGUAGGUUGAAGAAUACCUCCUUGUAGAGAUUUACAAUUGAAUCUAAUAGAGAUACUGAUGCAUUUCUUAGUACCUGAAUUAGCUUUAGGUUUAGUAUGACAACAUGCAUUUCAAUAAUUGUUACACAUUAACAAUAAUUGUUAAUUUGUAAUUGUAACAUUAACAUUAAUUGUUAUUAAUAAUUUCACCAAAUUUGAUUUCACAUUUCAUAAUUGAAAAAUUUUU